AUGCCUUUUAACACAGCCCUUACCCGGAAGCUGGGCAUUGCAGUCCCCGUGGUUCAGGGCGGCAUGCAAUGGGUUGGAUAUGCAGAGCUCGCUGCAGCAGUUAGCAAUGCCGGCGGUCUCGGAAUUUUGACAGCGCUCACGCAGCCCACCCCCGAAGAUCUGCGCAAAGAGAUUCGCAAAACCCGAAGCCUGACAAACAAACCCUUUGGCGUCAACAUAACCCUGCUCCCGGCCCUAGUGCCCCCCGACUACGCCGCCUAUGCCAGAGUAGUCAUCGAAGAAGGCGUCAAAAUUGUCGAGACGGCCGGAAACAGCCCGGGCCCCGUGAUCCAGCAACUGAAAAAGGCCAACACCAUCAUCCUCCACAAAUGCACCACCAUCCGCCAUGCCAAGGCCGCAGAGCGCUUGGGCGUAGACUUCCUGUCUAUCGACGGCUUCGAAUGCGCAGGCCAUGUUGGCGAGACAGAUAUCACAAACUUCAUACUCCUGAGUCGGGCUCGGCAGCAGCUAACGGUUCCCUUCAUCGCAUCCGGCGGGUUCGCGGAUGGCCAGGGACUGGCAGCUGCGUUGUCACUGGGAGCUGAGGGUAUCAAUAUGGGUACUCGGUUCAUGUGCACCAUCGAGGCGCCCAUCCACCACAAUAUCAAGGAGGCGAUCGUCAAAGCCCAGGAGACCGAUACUGCGCUUGUGCUGCGUCGGUGGAAGAACACCACGCGGCUAUUCAAGAACAAGGUGUCGCAAGAAGCCGUCAGAAUUGAAAAGGAGAGUCAAACCGGCGAGUUCAAGGAAGUCGCGCCGCUUGUGAGUGGCCAGCGUGGUCGCCAAGUGUUCAUCAAUGGUGACCCAGACUUUGGUGUCUGGACCGCUGGUCAGGUCAUCGGCCUCAUUAACGACAUUCCCACCUGCCAGGAACUGGUAUCGCGCAUCGAGAGAGAAGCAGUCGAGUCACUGAACAAAAUAAGCUCUCUGUACAAAGGUGGCCUGCAGAGUAAAUUGUAA